UUGAUGCCGCCGGACUGGAACAGUUGGAAAAGUACUGCAGGCUGCAGCUGAGCAGGACAACUGAGAGAGAGAAAGUUGAAGCGGAGUUUAGUGAAUGAAAAUGGACUCUGCGACGGUGGAGAUAGACGGCAGCGUCAUGGAGGGAGGCGGACAGAUCCUGAGAGUCUCGGCGGCGCUCAGCUGCAUCACCGGCUCCGCCAUAAAGAUCAUCAAGAUCCGGGCAGGCAGGAGCACCCCGGGGCUCAGGCCGCAGCACCUGACGGGCCUCCAGCUGGUCUCUGACCUCUGCUCCGGCAGCCUGCAGGGCGCCAGCAUCGGCUCCACUGACAUCAGCCUGACUCCAGGGAAGGUCCGGUCGGGGAACCACACGGCCGACACGCAGACCGCAGGGAGUGUGUGUUUGCUGCUGCAGGCGGCCCUGCCCUGCGCGCUGUACGCCGACGCCGCCUCACAGCUCCUUCUGAAAGGAGGAACCAACGCAGAGAUGGCCCCGCAGAUCGACUACACUGUAAAGGUCUUCAAGCCCAUUGUGGAGAAGUUUGGCGUCCAUUUUGACUGCGACAUCAGGAUGAGGGGCUACUACCCUAAAGGCGGCGGGGAGGUGGCGGUGACGGCACAGCCGCUCAAGGAGCUGCAGCCCGUCUCCAUGACGGACAGAGGAAACAUCACAAAGAUCCACGGCAGAGCCUUCGUGGCCGGAGUCCUGCCCUUCAAACUGGCUAAAGACAUGUCGGCCGCUGCCGUUCGGACCAUCAGGAAGGAAAUCAAAGAACUUUACAUCAACAUCCAGCCGGUGCAGGAGAAGGAGAAAGCCUGCGGGAACGGCAACGGCAUCAUAAUCAUCGCUGAGUCGUCCACAGGCUGCCUGUUCGCAGGAUCGGCUCUGGGAAAGAAAGGUGUUUAUGCAGAUAAAGUGGGAAUAGAAGCAGCUGAGAUGCUGCUGAGAAACAUCAGACACAACGGCUGCGUGGACGAGUUCCUGCAGGACCAGCUCAUCAUCUUCAUGGCGCUGGCGAAGGGAACGUCUCGGAUUCGGACCGGCGCUGUGACUCUGCACACGCAGACGGCGAUCCACAUCGCAGAGCAGCUCACUCAGGCGAAGUUUACGAUAACGAAGAGCGAAGACGAGCUGAGCAGCGGCGUCACCUACAUCAUCGAGUGUCAAGGAUCUGGAGUGGUUAACCCCAACCUGUAGCCACACACACACACACACACACACACACUCUGCUGGACUUGUAGCUGCUCCUGACAUGGCCGACCCUCUUAGUUUCUGUCGCUCAGGGUUUCUUUUUGUUUCCUUAAUAAUGUGAUGAAAUUAUUAAAUAAAAUUCUUCCAAACAAUCAA